AUGUCGGGCCAAGGGGGUUACUACCAACAAGGCUAUCAGGAAGAAGCACUGCCCAGUACCAACCCAUGGGCAGAAGAGACCGGCAGCAAUCAGCAUCCAUCACAACAGCAACUUCCACAUCAACAGCAGUAUCAGCAAUAUCAGCCACCUCAGGGCCCUCCACCACAGCAGCAGCAGCAGCAGCAGUCUGGAUGGCAACCGCAGGAGCAUUCAUAUGAUCCACCGUCUUCUGGCUAUCAACCACCCCCGGGUCUACCACCUCGCCGAACAGACACAUUCCAAGAGGAGAAUAUUGUGCCACCAUCAGAGCGCGGCGAGCAACGAGAAGCCAUGGAAACAUUUGAGAUGAAUCGCUCGAAGCCCGAGAACGAGACCGACAAGAAUGUUGCCAAAUUGCAGGAGGAGUUUCCUAGCGUCGAUGGAGCGCUGAUUGCUGCGUUGUAUGGUGACAGCCAAAGUCUGAGUGGAACGAGAGAGAUGCUGCAGGAGUUAUCUGCUUCAUGA